GUUCUGGUUCUAAUGCCAACUACAGGGACUUAAGAACAUAUAUGUUAUGCUAAAAUAUACUUGCCUAGGUGUCAGUUUGAGUUCUUGUCAGCACAUGAACAUUAAACUACAUUUAAAUUGCAAGGCCACCUGUGAACUUGAGAUAUUUCUAACAUGCAAACAUUGAAAAUUGUAGUCAUUUAUAUUUAGAUGUGGGAGUGUUUCUUUAGCAUCUUAACUACUGCUUUAAGACUUAAUUUUAGACACACCCUUUUGAAAAUGUUGGCUUUGAUUUCUCAUUGUUGAAUUUGUAAAAGGAUAUUUGUUUUAAAAGGGCUUUAAAAUCUUAGGAUCAACGUCUAUAAUUGUUAAUCAUUUAAUUAAUUAUCAUUAAUUUAAAAUGUAUUAUUUAACAGUAAGUCACCUUUCCAUGUUGUGUUGUCUGUGAGUUAAUUCACUGCCUUCAUUCAUCUUGGAAGCCAGAGAACAACCCUUGUGCCCUCAGUUAAGCCUCUCUGCAAGUACAAAAUUGGGUUGGGGAUGAAGACAGAAGAGUGAGGAUGGAAGUGCUGGGUACCACUGCCAAACUGGAGUUUUGUUUCUUCUCUAGUACAGUUUAUCUACAGACUGGUGGUACCAAUAGUGUAUUUGUGUCACCUACUGUCUUAUACUUCUACCAGGUAACAUUAAGAGGGUCUGAUGUGGAGAAAAUAUUCUGUUAUUUUCCCAAAAAGGAACGUAAAUUAUGUACAAAUUAAGCCCUGCCCUUUUUUGGCUCACAGCCCAGCCACCAGCUACAAAGGAGCAGGAACAGCAAAAGGGCCUGAGCACACAUGAACAUCUCUGUGCUGAGAGCACCUGAUGCCCUGGAGUUACAAAUUGUCCAGCAAAGAGACCUCUCCCCAUCUCACCUGGCCAGGAAGGACUGGGACAGCUGACAGCCAGCAUUCUACCAAGGUCGUGAUGCCAGAAGGAUCCCCAGCGGAGCUCCCCAGCAACCAGGAAUGUGAGAGCCAAGGGAAGGAGCCUGCUGGGCUGCUGGGGAACAGGAGCACAAGGACAAUGGUGACAGGAGGCGGAGGCUACCUGGGAUACAAUCUGGGCUGUGCCCUGGUUAGGUCAGGAAUUGCUGUCGUUCUGUUUGAUGUACGGAAACCGAAGUGGGAGAUUCCCAACGGAGCCGAUUUUUUCGAGGGAGACGUGAGGGAUUAUGAUGCAGUGUUCAAGGCAUGUGAAGGGGUUGACUGUGUUUUUCACGUGGCUGCAUGUGGAAUGUCAGGAUUAGAACAACUUCAAAAGAAAGAUCAGAUUGAAUCCAUAAAUGUUGGAGGCACAAAAAUAAUAAUUGAUGUCUGCAAACAAAGAAAUAUCCCCAGACUGAUAUACACCAGCACAGUGAAUGUGGUGUUUGGAGGGAAUCCUAUUGAAGAAGGAGAUGAAGAAACUGUGCCGUAUUUUCCACUGGAAAAGCAAUUUAAUCAUUAUUCUAGAACCAAGGCAAUUGCAGACCAAAUGGUUCUUGCUGCUAAUGGAACUUUACUCAAAGGAGGGGACAAGCUCCACACGUGUGUGCUUCGCCCCCCAGGCAUCUACGGACCCGAAGAGCAGCGGCACCUGCCACGAGUAGCCAUAAACAUCCAGCGGAGACUUUUUAACUUCAAGUUUGGGAAUCACGAAGUUCAGAUGAACUGGGUUCACAUAGGAAAUCUAGUACAAGCUCACUUACUGGCUGCUGAGGCUCUCACCUCUGAGAAGGGUUAUGUAGCUAGUGGUCAGGCAUAUUACAUCCACGAUGGUGAAAAUGUGAUUUUCUCUGAGUGGAUCGUGCCCUUGUUUGAAAAAUUAGGCUACAGGAAACCCUGGAUACAUAUUCCUGUUCUCCUGGUUCAUAUAGCAGCCACUGUGAUGGAAUAUCUGCACCUGAUACUAAAGCCAGUUUUUAGCUUUACACCUUUCUUGACAAGGAAUGAGGUGUGGAACGUUACUGUAACUCACACGUUCCGAAUAGACAAGGCACGAAAUCAACUUGGUUACAAACCAAAGAAAUUCUCAUUCGCUGAUUCUGUGGAUCAUUAUCUCAAAACAAGACCUACUUGCCAAGAAGAUCACACAUUCCUUAAAAUGGUGUUUGUUUUUGGCAUUAUGUUAAGUUUGAUCAUUCUUUCUUUCUUCUGAAAUCAAGUAACUCCCCACCUGUUCCAGAAAACCUCGUUUUAUUUCUGAGUAUUAAUGAUCUGGUCACGGUACAUUCCUCAGCCACCAUGGACUUUGUUAUUGUUAUUACUAUGGUGACACCUCUCUGACUUCCUUAAGAAAGAAAAAAAAACAAACAAAAAAUAAUCACAAAAGUGAAAACAUGGGACACAUCAGGAAAUGUUCCCCUGGAACAACAGUGUCACAAAUCAAAGGCGUUCACCACUAACAGGUGCAGGAAUAGUGUUAAUGGAUCUUCAUUAAUUGAUUGCUUCAUGCUGAGAGGGAUUUUCUAGGAAUGAUAACUCAGGAGGGUGAGAAGCUGGAAGAAGAGGAACCAUCAUAGGACUGCAGUGCUGCCACAAGUCCAGCAGCUCCAGUGAAGAAGGGAGUGACUAAACAACUCCUCUGAUGAAGCUGCUGCUACAGCUACUGUCUGUAAGUCUGAGGAAUUAUGGAGACCUGGGAAAUAGGAAAAAAAUAUGGAAAGCAAAUAUUUAUAAAUAACAGGUGGUGAGAGGACUGAAAAUUGUAUUUAUAUAAAAAUAAUUUUAUUGUUCAAAAGCUUUGUAAAAAUGUAGUAAAUAAUAUUAUAUGUGUUUGUAAAUCAAAUAAUGUACAU